AUGCCACACUCACGAGGCGCGUCGCGGGAACCGAGUGCAGCCCUGGCCACCCCAGCAACGACGACCGCGGGCACCGCUACGACAACACACACGACCACCGCCUCGACCUCUGCCACGACGAUCGACCUUGGCUCACCACCUACGGCACGACGCAGCACGCGAUCGUUGUCGCAGGUGCCGUCGUCCUCGAACCAUGCCCACCCGCCAGCAGCAACGACAGCCUCGAGGACGGCUAGUCGCAGCCCCUCUACCUCGAACUCGACCUCGACCUCGAUCUCGACCCGUUCCAGGGAUCCGUCACCGGGGACGACGAGGAUCACGCGUAGCAGAGCCGCCAGUCUAGUCCCUGUAGAUCAACCUGACCCGAUCCAAGAGUCGGACGACAAGAACGGCAGCGACGGUCACGACGAGACAAACGAGGACGGCGAUGAGACGAUCAAGCACGAGGAGCAGACUGGGCAAACACAAGACGACCAGGCCCUCACACCGGAGCCAUCGCAACCCAAACUCGACACGCGUCUCACCAUAGAACAAGUCGACCCAACAAUACCCAAAUACGAUUACCCCUCGUUGAUCGAUCUACCGCGAGCGACGGACUCGAUCCUUGAAGACGAGCCAGUCGGUCCAAGCGCGGCGAGCAUCGAUCCACCCUCAGCAGCCGCAGUCGAGCCAGAGCCAGAGCCAGAGCCAGAGCCAGCCCUGGUCUCAUCGUCCGAUCCGUCAACCCAUCUCACCCUCACCGAACCAGUGCCCGAACCCCCUACAGCAGAGCCCACCUCUCUCGCCGAUGAUUUGGAGUCGCAGCCCAAAUACGAGACCGUCGGCGCGUCCGAGCAAGUCGCGGCAGGAGAUGAUGCUCCUCCCACUGUCGAUGUAUUUGCUGAACCAGAAGACGCAUCAUUACACGAGCCAGAGUCUUCGGAGGCGCGGGCACCGAUACCUCGGGCUUCCGACGUUACCUCGGUCGAGCCGGCGAUCGAAGAGGAACCCCCGGCAGCACCCAGGCAAACGGAGUCUGAACCGAAGCCGGAACGGCCCGUCGCGUCACCAAAAGCUUCACCUCAAGUGGAUGAGGCGUAUACAGGCACACCGCCUGCCCCCGAACUUACACUAUUGACGGCACGUUCGGUAAAGGACGAGGAACCGGUUCCCGAACCGCCUGCGGCCCUGGAGGAGGCAGAGUCUUCGCUGUUGACGACCGCAACGACUACGGACACCAUACCAGACGCUACGGAUGAUCUCACCGAUCCGAAGCAGGAUGAAGAAAAGGUCGCUGAGCUCGGCGGAAUGGCACAGCAGUCGGCCGAAGAUGAACCGAGUGAGUCAUGUUCGCUCCAGCUGCUAGGAGACCAUGAAAAGUCGGCGUGAAAAUGCUGACUCCUCCCAUUUCCUCAACUUGUGCCCAGUACCCACCCCAUCCCAGGACAUCGUGACAAAAGAUCCAACCCCGAAUACGAAAGUCGUAGAAGCAACAAAAUUUCCUCUGACUAUGGACGACGAUGAAGGUGCGACGACAGAAUCUAUCGUUGCCGACAUCAUCCAAGAAGACGAGCAACCGAGCGCGCCAGCGACGAUACCGGCCGUGACCCCUGACGCUUCUACCGACCCGGCACCGGAAUCGGUACCGGUAUCCGCGGCCGACGCGGGAGCCUCCGGGGCCGGUGCGACCCAGACUGCUCCUAAAACGUCGAGGACGACCCUGGAAGCUGUUGCGACUUCGACCUCCAUCAAUGCCGAUCAGGAGAAGUCUAGCGACCAUACUGCAGACGCAAUUGAGCCAGCAGGCACGGAUGCUUCGAGUAACAAGCGGAUUGACGCAGCUGCAAGCGGUGAACCAAACAUGUCCACAAAAGCGGGGUCACCUCCUGCGGCAGCAAAUGAAGCGCCGCCCAAAUCGGCUGAAGUGAUCGCAGGGUCUGGCUCGGCCGCCGGCCUAGAAUCCGACCCGUCGGGAAAACCGGUGAAGCAAUCGUCGCCUCUACCCGGACCGCUGGUGAUGCCCCCCAGCGUGCAAGCUAUGUCGCCAAAGGAGGUUCGCCGUCGCUUUAAUGGUCAUAAGGUGUCGUGCGUGCUGGCUCUGAAUGUCGAACUGGUCAAGUACGUGGAAAUUCGUUCCAACAGCCUUUAUCACGGCGACUCUUGAGCUGACUCGACUUUGACUUCUGUAGGAUCGCAUGCGAGCUGCAAAAGAGCGGGCCCAUGGAUUCGGUUGAGCACGCGGCCUUGACGCAGCGCCUGCAGUCCAAUAUCGCCUACCUGUCUGCCAUGGCCGAGCAAGCUUCGAUCCGCGACGGACCUUUCCCGAUCCCUCCAUGCCCGAUUCUUGAAAGUCCGCCAACCCCCAAGCUCGGACCGCGACUGGCACAGCUAUAUUCGACGCUCAAGGCCUAUUUCGCUGCGGCCGACCGAUAUGAGCAGCAAGCUCAGAAGAACGCGCUUAUUCCAAGCACGGCGGUCGCCUCGCAGCCUCUACCGGCGCCGACUUUGCCAAACGCUGCUCUUCAGCCUGCCAAUGGCCCGGUAUUCAUGUCAAACGCGAUGCAAGGUGUCGUCAAUCUCAACGGCAAACGAGCCAUCGAUACGGAUGCCGAGGAGAGUCCGCCGAAACGAUCAGGCUCAGCAUUUACUCCUGCGAUCAAGCCCGAGCUGUCGAGUGCUGCUCCCUUUCAGACUGGGUCCCCUGCUCGAGCGCCUGCAUCUCUGCCGACUAUUUCAAACACCACGUCCACGUCGACUGUCGCGCCGGUAGGCCCAUCCGCAAGCCCGGCAGGUACUGCAACGAAUCUGCCGCCUACGACGGGAAUGUCGCCUGCGGUUCAAGCACGUGGACCUGCAGCAGCCAACGGAUCGUCGAUCGCUUUCGCAGGAGCUCAAGCGUCGCCCAUGGGUAAUCAAGCACCUCUUCAACGCCCUCCCUCGCAGCCUCAACCGCCGUUCGUAGGCAAUGCGCCUCCAGCAUUUCUCGGGAAUCCCAGCUUGAUUCCGUCACAUCUCCAAAUGCCACCGCAGGUCCAGGCCCAGCACUUUGCCCAGCUCACCCCGCAACAGCAGAACUACCUUCGCCAGCAGCACAUGGCAAAUCAGCAGCAGCAGUUCCAACAGUACCAAGCGGCCGCUCAGGCAGCGGCGCAGGCGCAGGCCCAACAGGCUCAAGCUCAGGCGCAGGCUCAGCAAAGUGCGGUAAAUGCGAUGCAGCGGCAGCAGCAGAUGCAGCAACAGGCUCAGCAGGCCCAGCAGCAGGCGCAACAACAACAGGCUCAGCAGCAACAGGCCCAGCAGCAAGCCAUAGGUUCUCCUGCACAAGCUCGACGAGCUCCGCCGAUUCCCAAUCGCCAAGGAUCAGCGACUCCAGGCCCCGGUUUUACUCGUCCGAUGUCGGCGCUCAACCAACACGCCCAUGCCGCUUCUCCUGGCUCGUACUCGGAUCUGGGCAACUCGACAUCCUCUAUGCCACCGCCUUCGUCCUAUCCGAACGCGCCAACGCCUGGUCGACCGUUGCCUCCACCGCCGCCAGGCCCGUCCCAGUCUCCUCACCCAGGCCAACAGCAGCAGCAGCAGCAACAACAGCAGCAGCAGCAGCAGCAGAGCCAAAGCGGUCCUGUCAUGCCAGGCUCCGCGAACGAUCAUCGACCACCGGCCGAGCAGUACGCGUCCCUUCAGGCUAUCAUGUCGGCCGCGUCUUUCCGACAGCUCCCGCCGCACGUGCAAGAGACGAUCCAACGCAACGCGCAAGCUCUACUGUACCAGCUCCAGGCGACUUCGAUGGCGAACGCGAGGCUUGCUCAACAGCAGCAGCAACAGCAGAUGCAGGCUGGAGCUCGUCCUCAGGGGUUGAUGGGACCACCUGGGAUGGGGAACAAUGGCCCGCCCGCAUUGACGCUACAGCAGCUGCAACAACAGGUGGCGCAACAACAGCAGCAGCAAGCUCAGCAGCAAGCGGCACAGCAGCAGCAGAACAUUUCGGUCGGCAGGGCCGGAUCGCCACCCUUCGGUCAGAGCCCGCAAUUGCAACAUGCGCAGUUGAGGCAGACCAACAACUCGCCUUACGCUCCGAGUCCACCAGCAGGCGGUCCUCCCGGCUCCGAGACUUCGGGCAGUGCAUACUUUCGAGAGCAGUGAGUACUGGUCCACUGCUGACUUGAAGGCACUUUACGGUAAUUGGAACUGACUCUCUUUUGAUUCGACUUCCCAGACUGGCUCAGCAGCAGCAGCUCCAAAUGCGUUCCGGUUCACCUGCAGUCUACGCCCAAUCGCAGAAUUUGUUGCAGCAAAAACAGAAUGCGGCGAUGAUGGCCUACCAACAGGCUGCAGCAAGUCAAGGCGCCGGGCAACCGGGCACUCCCUCGCAGUUCGGUUAUCCGCCCCAACGACCUGCGCCUGGUUCUGCCCCGGCUUCUUCGCCCUUCACACCCGGUAGCCUCCCUCUGCACCAGACACCGACUCCUUCAGCUCAGUCCCAUAGUUCGCCUUUCGCUACUGGAACGCGACCUCCGACCGCACCUUCGCCGCAGCAUGCCUCUCCGGCCGCCUUCUCUGCUGCACCUUCACCGGCGUACUCCGCUCUUGCAAGCGGAUCCGCAAUCUUCCCUGCCCAAAGCCCUUACGCCUCAGCGCCCACGCCUCGCAACACGGGACUCGCUGGUGGUGCCGUUGAUUCGCCGUCCGCUUUGACAAACAAGGUAUCCCCUGCUCCUCCUUCGACGCCCGCACCUACCAAACCCAAGCCGAAGCGCCAGACGAAGAAGCAAAAGGAGGCUGAGGAAAAGGAACGCAAGGCCAAGGAGGAAGCCGAAAAAAAGAAGAAGGAGGACGCUGAGGAAGCCGAGAAGGCCAAGGCGACUGCGGAAGCGGCGGCUGCCGUCACGGCUCAACAACAACAAUCUCAGGCAGCCGUCCAACAGCAGUCACAGCAGCAGCACUUGACCCAGCAGCAACAGCAGCAAUUUGCCAUCGUAAGUCCCUGGUGAAUGAACCCCUUUUUCGACCGUGGCUGUGCGCUGACUCGAGGCCCGCCGGAAAACAGCAAAAAAUGCAGUUCCAGCAACAGCAGCAGCAACAGCAGCAGACCUUUGCUCAUCAGCAGGCCAUGCAACUUGCUCAGGUGAGUGCAAGCUUGCGUGCUUCUGGACCUCGGAUGUGCUUUCGGUACUAACCUUGAAAUAUUGACGAUGCAGCUGCAAGCUCGCCAACGACUCGCUCAAAACGGGUCGCCCGGCAUGUUCCAAACGCAGGCGCCGAAUCAAUACCUUGCCGGUAGUCCUUCACAAGUAAGUUAUUUUGCGGGCACGAGUAUCGUUGGUUCGAGGCUUUAUGUUGAUUUGGUCGUUCUUCACCGACAGCUCUUGGGCCAGAAUCAAGGAAUCGCCGGCAUGGCUCAGCAGAAGAACGCCCAGCUGGCGAUGGUGCAACAGCAACAGCAGAUGCUGCUUCGACAGCAACAGCAGCAGCAGCAACAGCAACAGCAGCAACAGCAACAGCAGCAACAGCAACAGCAGCAACAGCAACAGCAGCAGCAGCAGCAGCAGCAGCGCCAACAACAACAGCUUCAGCUUCAGCAGCAGCAGCAGCAGCAGCAACAACAGCAAGGAUCGCCUUCGCCUUUCAUCGCCGGUGCCGGCGCCAACGCGAUGCUGGGACCUGGCUCGUUCAACGGAAACGCAAUGUCAUCCACGCUCGGUGGGGCUUGGCCGUCUCAAAGCCCACUCUCGGCUCAAAAUGAGUGGGCUAGUGCCAGCACGACCAUUGCUCCCGCGGCCACGACUACGAUCGCCGACGAGGACGACUGGAGCUCGUACUUGAACGACGACUGA